AUGUCUUACCAUCUAUUUGGUACUACUAGAUCUAUAGAACUAAAAAAUGAAUUUGGGUUGAUAAUCGGACUAUUUGAUGAGAUAGGGCUGAUACGAAGUGGGGCAGAGUCUCAGACGCGGGGUUCAGAGGCCGAAGUCGCCAUACAAAAUUUCCCACCAUCACAACAACUCCAAGUCCUUGGAAUAAAGCCUAGUGAUUCCAAUUCAUCGCAUAAUAAGGAAGACUCCACAAUGGUGCCUACUAAGAAUGUUUUCAUCGGCAUCAUCGGUGUUGGUGGGGUUGGAAAAUGCUUCCUCUCUCAACUCGAGGUCCUCUCCAAACGACUGGCAAAGAACCCAUCCUCGCCAAAGCUAUCUCUCGUACUAGUCUCCCGAAGCUCAAAGGUCCUAUAUAGCCCAGAAUACCAAGCAUUGCCGUUCGAGAGCCUGGCCACGAAAGUCACAGAAUCAACCCAAAAGCCACUUUCGUUGACGGAAGCAAUCGAUUUCCUCUCCGCAGCACCCUCAAAUGCUAUACUUGUCGACAAUACCAGCUCCCAAGACGUGGCUGACCAGUACCCCCAGGCUCUUUCCAAGGGAGUCAGCAUUAUCACACCAAACAAGAAAGCGUUUUCCGGCUCGUACAAAUUGUGGCAGGAUAUCUUUUCCGCCGCGGCAUCUUCAGGGGCCAAGAUCUAUCACGAAAGCUCCUGCCUAGCUGGCCUCCCAGUCAUUUCUACUUUAAAGGACUUGGUAGAAACAGGAGACGAAGUCACAAGAAUUGAGGGCGUGUUUAGUGGGACCAUGUCGUUCCUAUUUAAUUCUUUCGCGCCACUCGAAGGUUCCGGAGGAAAAUGGUCUGCGGAAGUCUCAAAAGCCAAAGAGCUUGGGUACACAGAGCCGGAUCCAAGGGAUGAUCUUAACGGAUUGGAUGUUGCGCGUAAAUUGACCAUACUAGCAAGAAUGGCGGGACUGCCUGUAGAAUCACCAACCGAUUUCCCAGUCCAGAGCUUAAUUCCCAAGGAACUGGAAAGUAUUGAAAGCGGCGACCAAUUCAUGCAAGAACUGCCUAAGUAUGACUCUCAGAUGGAAGACCUCAAAGUCGCGGCCGAGAAGGAAGGCAAGGUACUCAGAUAUGUUGGGAGUAUUGAUGUUGCUAAGAAGGAGAUCAAGGUUGGUUUGGAGAAAUUUGAUCGAUCGCACCCAAUCGCAGCCCUCAAGGGAAGCGGUAAUAGCAUUAGUUUCUUCACGAAGAGAUACGGCGCUGAUCCUAUGAUUGUCUCGGGAGCGGGUGCUGGUGGAGAAAUUACAGCGAUGGGCGUGACAGGAGAUUUGAUAAAAGUCCUUGAACGGUUGUAG